CACCGGCCAGCGGCAGCAGCAGCUGGGGCUCGUGGGUGGGCCGGGGCCUGCCGCGCACAGCCGAGUCGCGCGCCGAGAUUCGUGCGCUGCCCGACUCUGUGCGUCUGCCAGGCGGUGAACCGGGGCAAGCGGAUCACCUGCGACCUCGGCGGCAUGCACUCGAUACCGACUCAGCACAUGGACAAGGACAUCCGGGUGCUGCAGAUCACGGCGCCUCCGGAGCACCCCAACGAGCUCAUCAUCGGCAGGAUAUUCCUCCAGUUCACUGCGCUCGAAGAGGUGCGGAUCACGCGCUCUAACGUGCCGGCCAUCGGUGACAGCUCGUUCUGGCCAGGAAAGAGAUUACAAAUACUCGACUUGAGCCACAACAACAUCAGCAUCCUUCGCGACUCGGACUUCCGUGGACUUUCCGAGCUGCGGUUGCUCAACCUGAGCCACAACCACAUAGCGCGGGCUCCCUCGGCGCCCUUCCGCUUCCUGUCCAAUUUGACGAGCCUGAUCCUGUCGGAGAACCGGCUGGAGGCGCUGGCGCCUCGCUUCCUUUACCUGCUGCCGAGGCUGCAGAGGCUCGACCUUAGCGGGAACCCCCUGAAGAGCCUCGACCCGGACCACCUGAAGGACGUGCGGCCGUUGCGGGUGCUCGGCCUGGCCCGCUGCCAACUCACCAGGCUCCAUUCGCUCAUCUACCAGCACCUGUCGAACCUGGAGUCCCUAGACCUGCAGGACAACCAGCUGAGCAAGUUGGCGCCCGAAGAGUUCCGCCACCUGCGCAAGCUGCGGGUGCUCAAGCUGGACGGCAAUCGGCUCGAGAAGAUGCCCGAGCGGGUGCUGGACGGCCACUCGCUCAGCCAGCUGGGCUUGUCCCGCAACCAGUUGUCGUCGCUGGACCCGUGCGCCUUCUGCAACGCGUCCGUCGAGGAGCUGGACAUGUCGCGCAACAGGCUGCAGUCGGGCGAGGGCGACCCGCUGCGCCCCCUCGCCUCGUCGCUGGACCGGCUGGACCUGAGCUGGAACCCGCUGUCCGGCGACGCCGCUGCCGCGCUGGUGCGCUCCCUCAGGCGCCUCAGCGUGCUCCGCCUCGAGGGCCUCGGGCUCCAGCACCUGCCCUCGGAGACGUUCGGUGGCGUGCGCACCCUGCGGGAGCUGGGGCUGCGACACAACCGGUUCAGCAGCCUUCCGCCGGGCCUCCUGAUGCCCCUCAAGUCGCUCGAAAGCCUUGACCUGGCCUUCAACCGGAUGCGCGGCGUGGCGCCCGAAUCGGUGCGCGAGCUCGACUCGCUGCCCGCGCUCUCGCGGUUUACGGCACACGACAACCCCUGGCAGUGCAAGGAGUGCCAGGUGAUGGAGCUGUCCCGUUGGCUUGCCGAGCGGCCACUCGACUGUGGCGGACCGUGCCCCGCGUGCGCCGCUCCGUCCAACCUGGCCGGGCAGUCUCUCGCCUUUCUGCCCGUCCACGAUCUGGAGCCCUGCCGGGAGCCGCUCGUCCAGCGGCGGCUCUCGCGGGCCGAGUCCCAGGUGGGCCUCAUCGUGGCCAUCAUCAUCAUCAUGCUCCUGGUGACGGUCAUCGUGGCCACGGUGGUGAUCUACAGGCGCCAGGGCGCCGUCUAUUACACGCACGAAGACGACCGGCGCAUGUCCUGCACCGACGUGAAGCGGCCCUCGAUCGUGGCGACGCCGCCCGCUGACGACAUCAAGGACAGCGCCAAGAUUGCCGCCUGCUGAACGCACACCGGAACGGCUCGCGAUCGUGCCCUUUGUGAUAGCCAGCCGCGCCAGCGUCCAGGACGGUGCGCAGGAAGCCCAGGCUGUGUCCCCCUAAGUCAGCAACCGCCGGCGGUUUCACCCUACUCGCCCACUCUGGCGAACUGGCUGCCUGCCGCCCGGACAUUGCGGGAGCUCGCGGCUCCAUGCUUCAGACGUGCUUGUGCACCUACCAGCACCAGGUGGCCAAUGCGUAUCACAGGAAACGUGGCCGAGGUGCGCGAGCCGCUAGCAAUAUGAGGACCCUUUUUUUUCCGCGUGCAUGCAGACUGCGGUGGUGCCAGACAUCAUCUUGUCCUCACCCGCCACAUAGUCAGCCCGUGUCCUAUAGACCACCGACCCCGACCGGGAUGGGUGUUAUCGGUUCCUCGACACACACACACACACACACACACACACACACACACACACACACACACACACACACACACACACACACACACACACACACACACACACACACACACACACACACACACACACACACACACACACACACACACACACACACACACACACACACACACAUAUAUAUAUAUAUAUAUAUAUAUAUAUAUAUACAGUCAUGCGUUGUCGCUAAUGCGACGUUCCGCACACCUCUUGGCAUUACGUGAGCAUAGGAGUGGACGAGAGGGCGUUCAUUUCAGGACUGCGGUGUGAAAUGACGUGCGUGCAAAGACUGCUAGCGUCAGUGUGCUUAAAAAGUGUUUUUGAUAUUACUCCAGGAGGAAGAUGUUGGCUGUUGUGCUACAAGGACGCAGCUUGUGUUUGUGUCGAAAUUCCAUGUAGGUUCGUUGUGUUGUUUUAGAGCCAUAAAUGUGCCGUUAAUUCGUUAAAAUAUUUGCUUUGCACAUUAAUGGUGUGUAAGAUUUCAUUAUCUCAAUUUUAUCUCCUACAUAAGCCUUCCUGUCCCAAGUACAACAGGUGUUUAUGCUUUGCAAUGACCAUUAAGGUGUGUUAUGCUUUUGUGUUGUAUAAGGCUGCGUCGAAGACAAUUUCUUUCUAAUAUAAAAAAAAUAUAUUUAGGGCUAAUUUGAUGAGAUAGUAACAACUACAUUUUUCGCUAUGACUGGAGGAUAUGCGUACCAACUUAUCACAUGAAAAGCACGAAAUCAGCAUUAUGCGUUUUUGAGACGUGUGCGUAAUUUCCACGCUUCAUCAACGUCAAAAUGAAAAAUCCCAUCUUCGAUUUCGCUAGUGCAAACGCACCAUAGCGAAUUUUUUAUUUACCUUGUGGCCGCACAGCAGCAGUUCUUGGGCUAACUGCACCAGUCGAAGUCGAAAUGGGAACAACCGAAUCAGCCAUGUACACUGCACACUAUGCACCAUUCAUGUGGCGAGAAAUUCGCGACACUGAGCGGCUACCACUUUAUUUAGCGAGAUAAUUCUGUAAUUAGGACGCUGCCGUUCUUUAUGUUAACGAUAAGCACUUUGUGCUUCAUGGUCCGCGCAGAAGUUACGUCCAUUAUUAACACGGGAGGUCAGUAGACACAGAUUAAUGCAAUAAUAAAUGAUAUGGAAGCCCGUCUCUAAAAUGAAUAUUCUGUGAAUGUGGGGUGGCGCCCUCACCUUACCACACACGCAAUAUCGUGUACAGUAACUAUAAUUCAAAGCUGAGUCCAGAGCACAGAAACGUUAGUGUUAAAUUCGCGUCGCCAUUUCGUGGCACUAUAUUUUCUUUGGUGGCCCGAAAACAGAGGUGAACACACACGCACACGACUUGUUUAUAAAGAAGCCACAGCGCUGUCUGUUAGAUGUCCUGCUCAUUCGCCAAAAGCACGUUGCUACAGUGCCCCCGUAAGGGGAAAAUGUUCAUUCGGCGAAAGUUCAAGACACGUGGCAGAAUUCAGAGCUUUCAUUAUUUGGCGUAACGCAAUUAAACAUCAUCGCCAUAAUUAUGCAACCAGUUCGCGUGUAUGGCAGUUUGUCCUGUGGCGUGGCAACUUUCCAUUCCCAGAGCCCGAUACGCAAGCGCGAUCGCGAGCAGAGCCACGUCUGGUAGCGGAGUGGCAGAUGUUUCGUCGCACGCGAAAAGAUUACUUGACCGACUCUGUUUUCGACUAAUCUUGAGGUCAGCUUAUAGGAAAACCGCACGACGUCGUGAUGAGCGCAACACCCGCUAUUGUUGUCCGGAAUUCCUCAACAUUGUACCGCGCACAGACAAAGCUGCCGAUGGUCACACAAGAUGACAGCGUGAACGUUUCCAGCCUGAGCGAUCUCUCGUACAUAAGUACCCAUCCUGUGGAAACUAAAGCGUUGAGGACGUCUGUGUUAUUGCGGGCAUUGGACCCUGGCUUAUACAAAAUCAGCGGGGUAAAUGGACGGUCUGGGAAGUCAGCAGAUAUGAAUCACAGUCCCUUAUAGAUCUUUCUACGACUGAUUUACUUUCCCUUGUGCGUUUCUCCGUUGCUCUGCAAGUUUUCCGCUAACCGUAACAGAACGAUUUGCCUACCAACGAUCGUCUUGGUCCUCGUCACGAAAGCAUAGGAAUCGCUACAUUCGUUAGUUCUUGAGCGCGGAAGUGAAAAAAACAUUUAAUCUCUGAUCAUGCUGUCCAUACACAUAUGCAUACUGCCAAUUGCAAGAGUGUCUGACAAAAUAAGCAAACUCUUGGUGGCACCGAUUCCCCUAUUAUGAACAAAAGGAGCGGCCUUCUUCGCUGUUAUAUAAGGGAAACACGGAAGGCAGUCUCAAUUGACAACAGGUAUUGGGUUCCUUAUACGUAAUUCGAAGUCUUUUUGUCGUAACGUCGACCAGCGUUAUCGCAUAAAUUUCACCUUACACGAUGACUGCACUGUAACACCGGUUGAAAUUGGUUCCGUCAAUUAUACGGGCUAAAGGGGCAUUGACCUGAAAUUUAUUGCGGCCGUGGGUGUCGCGUUGCGUGAAGAUGGAUCACCGACGUCAGCCAACACCACGCUAGAUCUACGUCUAAGUUACGCUGUAUGUUUAAAGGCGUCCACAAAGAUGUCGUGGCCUUCAGGGUAAACUCAGAUACACUUGCGGCUAAACUUCUGACCUCCUUUGAGUUCUAUGGAAUAUGUCUUAAUUAAGGUUCCACACAAAAACGCACAUCUGGAUUAUCAUGGCAGAAGGAUAAAGCACAGGGUUUAGACCAAAACUGUAAUGUUAGCGCACAACAUAAUGAGUUAAAAUGUUUCGGUGUUCUCUUAAAGCACUGGUCUCUCGACCUACCGCUCCACCAGAAAUCUUUAGGAACGGAUUGAUUUGCAGCCAUAUAAAUUACUAGACUACUUGCAGUGACCCUGCGAAGCUUUCUUUUUUCCCCGGUGAGUCCUUUUCUUAUGCAUUAAUCAGCGUUUAUAAUACUGGACUAAAAAAGAAAAAUAGGCAAAGUAUCAAUCGUACACUUGAAACACAGACUGCGUAUACCCACUAGCGGUCGGAUGAUUAAGUACGUGACCUCUAAAGAGAGAAUAAUAACCCAAAUUUUCGUGAGUCUAGAACUCGUGCAAUGUAAGAGAAAGACUUACGAGAAACGCAAAUUAAAGCAUGCCCUAAAACACUCCGACAGACAACGAGUGUCCCUUAGAUAAGCAAAACAUGUUUACUCGUCUAUAGGUGCUCCCCUUUUCUUGAAGUAUUAAUGGUCAAUUAGCGAUAACUGAGUAUGAUCGGCUGUAUAUGAUCCUCAAUAUCCAAGACGACGCACCAUUUACCAUUUCUUUCACGCAUGCAGUGCACAUUUGUUGCAAACGUAUACAAUUUACCAAACAGAGUCGACGCUGAUCUGCCAAAAUGCACGAAAUUGUAGGAGAAAAACGGGAUUUUGACGCAAGAAAGUUGCAUAGAGCAUGAUGAUCAUGUUCAUAGUGAUGGUUCGAUCGUCAAGUUGGCGGUAAUGGUAUAAUUAUUAUGGUUGUCCUUCAGUCAUAUUCAGCAUUUAAACUCAUCACGAGUGUUUCAGGAAUCAUCAGCUGUUAUCACCCAGAUAAUCGUCAUCAGUGCUCACCACUCAAACAGGCUCCUACCACCUGUAAUGUCAGCGUCAGGAGGAAGAAGAAAUUUCGCGUUUCUGUUCGUGUGUUGCGUUCAUUUCACCUAACUGAAAGGGGGAUGGGGGAGAGAAAAUACGAGUAAAUAUAACCGAAUCCUAACUGUAUUAGUGCUGCUAUAUGUUAUCGUGAAAACGCUGACAAUGUACAGAUCCAGCCACGUGGUGGAAGACACGCAAGACACUGAAAAGUGGCCACCUGGCGGUUUCUGCAAAGUGCCUGUCACAGUUUAGUUGGAUUAAUAAACACCUUCUCAUUCAGCGGCUACCCGCCCGGUCGAAGGAAGAUAGAGAGAACGGGGCAGGAGGUGGUUAGAGCGGAUAAUACAGUGUGUCCAGCAUGGUGGAAAACUAAAGGAACAUAGAGACUUUGUCAAAAAUAUGCGGGUAACAGCGAGCGUAAAUCGAUCUGAUUUGGGAGGCAGCAUGGCGGAGCGUUGUGCAGUUGUCGGUUUACUCAAAAUCCUGGAACCUGGGAGUCGACAUUUGUCACCCGCGAGAGUGUAAGAGCGCUAGGGCGCAAUGCGGAUAUGACAUGCGCUGCCCGGAAGCUGCUUUGGUCACGCGUUUCAGACCUUGCUCGUUUGACAAAAUGCGUUCAGUCGGGGACAAAAGCUUGUGUCCUACAUAAAUGGUUGCCGAAAAAAACAACGAAAAAAAGAACUAUGUUGUGCUCGAGACGCAACGAACUGACUGGUGCGUACCCAGGCACAAACUUUGUUUUGAACUUCUCAAAUCUGGACUGCACGUGCAGAUCGCCAAGAAAUUAAAACUACUUCACUUAUCCCAUGGUGAACAAAUCUUUGUCCCUGACUCUACAGGCAGAAAGGAACUACGCAGAAGGUGCUACGGAAUCGCCAUGUGCGGAAGCCCAUGUACGCGGGCCGCUCACACUUAGGCGUCGGCCGCCCUUGCGUGUCUUCGGCCAAUGGCACGUAGUACGCAGCAAUGACGUCAAUGUGACGCAUAUCGAUAUGCUAUAGCGUAUAUUGCAUGAUCGUAACACAUGUACAGACUUUAACGUGAUGCCCAUGCAUUCGCCCGGCGCGCGAGCUUGCUGGUGGGAGCUGCAGCCAAACGGGUGGACAUUUGUCGCCAUUUUUGUUGAGAGACGAUGUGAUCUCAACACACCUAUUCUGUGCCGCCAAUUCAAGACGUCUUUCGUAAGUAAAGUCCCUUUUUGUCGCCCUGCUGUGGCGAAGUUCUAAGGUACUUGGCCGCGCCUUAGCCGGGCAGUCAGAGGCUGCGCGGGAAACUUUUGUACAGGCACAAAAACUGGAUAACCAAACCUCGACUGUCUACCUCUUGUGUUAUGAUGCGCGUUGAACAGAACGCAGUGGAAACUCUAUAGCUUUUUACUUCGCUGAUGCCGUUGCCCACACAAUCCAUGACAUUUGUUUGUUCCAUCUCCUCUGUGCUAGAGAUUUAUUUUUAGAAUAUGUACGCACACAAAGCGAUAAAAGUCAUGUAGUCUCCAGAGGUUAUGAAAAGGCAGAGAAAUAAAAUAGAUUUUUGAGCUGUU